AUGUCCUCUUCUCCCCAGCAUACGGCUGGCUCGAGCAAUAGCAUUGCUACACAUGGCCCCCAGACAAAGGAAUCGCCUCUAGAAGGCACAUCUUGGGCUCAGUCGCUCUUCCGUACGCAUGUUCCCGACGAUGCACGCACCCAGGCAUACCCAGGAAGCGGUACCAGCACGGACCCGUACAUCAUCGACUACUUACACAUCGACUCGCACGAUGCCAUGAGCUUUACAAAGGGCCGCAAAUGGACCAUUGCUGUUUUGCAGUCUUCGUCAACAUUUGCUGUGACCUUUGCUAGCUCCGUCUAUGUCAGCGGCAUUGAUGGCAUCAAGCGCGAGUUCAACGUGUCAGGAGAGGUAGCCACACUCGGCUUGUCACUCUUCGUCUUGGGCUUUGCCUUGGGACCGCUCAUCUGGGCACCGCUGUCAGAGACGUAUGGACGCAAGACGACCUAUGUCGUAUCUUUUGCUCUCUACACCAUCUUUUGCAUUGCUGCCACCUGUGCACCCAAUAUCACGUCCUUGCUGGUUCUUCGCUUCUUCGCAAGCUGCUUUGGCUCGUCUUCCAUGACUAACACUGGCGGCGUGAUUGCCGACAUGUUUAGCAAGGAGGAGCGCGGCAUGGCAACUGGGCUUUUUGUUACAGCACCAUUCUUGGGACCAGCCCUAGGCCCGGUGGUUGGCGGCUAUCUUGGCCAAACCCAAAGCUGGCGAUGGAUUCUUGCCUUGAUCACAAUUCUUGCUGGUCUAGUAUGGCUUGCUACAAGUCUUACUACUCGAGAGACAUAUGCUCCGUAUAUUCUGCGGCGCCGCGCUGCUGCUCUCUUUCGCCUUACUGGAAAGGUCCAUGUGCCGCGAAUGGAUGCGGGCAAGCCACCCAGAACCCUACUCCAAGAGCUUUCCAUUUCUUUGACUCGGCCCUGGCUUAUGCUCUUUCGCGAGCCCAUUGUCAUGUUCACGUCGCUAUACAUCUCCAUUGUCUAUGGCACUCUCUACAUGUUCUUUGCCGGCUUCCCCAUUGUUUUCCAGUAUACGCGCGGAUGGAGCCAGGGUAGUGCAGGCCUUGCUUUUAUAGGCGUUGUAAUUGGGGUAUGCACUGCCACACUGGCUGCCGGUGUUGACAAUAAACGCUACGUUCGGCACUGUAAAGCAGUUGCUGCCAAAGGGGGGAAUGUCGAACCGGAAGCCAGGUUGACCAGCGCCAUGGUGGGUUCCGUCAUUCUUCCCAUUGGCCUCUUCCUGUUUGCUUGGACCACGUAUCCAUCAGUCCACUGGAUUGCACCUAUCAUAGGUGCUAUACUUUUCUCAUGUGGCCUGGUCUUGGUUUUCAUAUCGCUGAUGAGCUAUCUGAUUGACUCUUAUGUAGUGUACGCUGCCUCUGUGUUAGCAGCAAACUCUGUUCUGAGAUCGUUGUUUGGUACUGCAUUCCCUUUGUUUACUACCCGCAUGUAUGAGAGUCUGGGAAACCAGUGGGCAAGUUCCAUCCCAGCAUUUCUCGUGCUAUUGUGUCUACCUUUCCCAUUUCUAUUCUACAAGUAUGGUCCUAGAAUCCGCGCCAACUGCAAAUACGCCUCGGAAGCCACUGAAAUUCUAGAGAUGAUGCGCCAGAGGCAGGGUGCUAUGCGGGCGGUUACGACGUUGAACAAGAGUGAGCCGGCACGGAAGGCCGAGGAAGCAGUGUAGGAGCCAAUUGCGAGCAG